AUGCAGUCGCUCCAUCCCAGCCCGGCGCGCCCAGCGGGGCCCCGCCCGUCCCACCGCCCCAUCUCCCCGGCUCCCUUCGCAGCCCAGGCAGUCGCUCCCCUCAACAUCCGCAAGGCCUCCAGGGAGCUCAACGUUCCCAACUCGAAUCCCUCCACUCUCCUCUCCCCUCCCACACCCAACCCACCGCUCUCCCGCUCACCCACACCAACCCUGAGCAUACCCAGCAUGCCAAUGCCCAGCUCGUCGCCCAGGCGAAAACCCAUGCUGCCCAAGAUCGACUUCAAGAGCAUCAGCAGCAAUAACGGCACGUUUGAGAUAUACGCAGGUGGGCCGCAGCCACAGGCCGCCUCUCCCGCGCCGCGUGCAGCGGGCGACGCCUCCAACGAGUCCACGAUCCGCCCCGACCAGACGAUAUCGCCGCGGCCACGGCCACCGCCGGCGGUGUCGAUGGAGAACCUGCGGCAGACGGUCGAGGAGUUCGACCAGUGGUCCGACGACCUGCUCGAGGAGCUCAGCCGGCUCGGCGAGGGCGCAGGCGGGGCGGUGUACAAGGUGCGCGACCGGCGGACGGGGAUGGUCAUGGCGCGCAAGACGAUCACGACGCUCGAGGCCCCGAUGAAGCAGCUGCUGCGCGAGAUCAAGAUCACGUCGAGCACGGAGCACGUCAACAUCAUACAUUUCUACGGGGCGUAUAUUAGCCCCAGCAGCAGCGAGGUGAAGGUGCUCAUCGACUACUGCGAGGGCGGCUCGCUCGAGUCGGUCGGGAAGCGCAUGAGAGAGAUCGGCGGCAGGGUCGGCGAGAAGGUGGCGGGGCGGCUCGCGGAGGGGAUCCUCCAAGGGCUCGCGUACCUACAUUCGAGGAAGACAAUCCACCGCGACAUCAAGCCGCCGAACAUCCUGCUUACACGCGAGGGCGUCGUGAAGCUGUGCGACUUUGGUGUCUCGGGGGAGCUGAUCAACUCCGUGGCCGGGACGUUCACGGGCACGAGCCUAUACAUGGCGCCGGAACGCCUGUCUGGCGUGGAAUAUACGAUACGAUCAGACGUAUGGUCUACAGGCAUUUCCCUACUCGAGCUCGUGACAAACCGGUUCCCGUUCCCCAACGAUCUCGCUGCGAUCGAGCUGAUGAUGUACAUCACCCAGAACGAGCCCCCGGAGCUUGAGGAUGAGGAGGAUAUCGAGUACAGCGCGGAGAUGAAAGACUUUAUCAAGAAAGCCCUGACGCGAGAUCCCACUCUGCGACCCGCACCGGCGGGUAUGCUCGAUCAUCCUUGGAUCGUGAGUAUGAUGCAGCAGAAGGUCGAUAUGGCGUACUGGAUGCGCAAGGUAUGGGGCUGGAAGAACCAGAAGAGCCACAGCUCUUCACGACCAAGCUCCAGCCGGAGCGAACACCCUUCUUCUCUGGACUCGUCGAUGGCAGGCCUAACCAUCAACUCUGACGCAUAGGCGUCAUGUUGUGCAGUAUCUUUCCCAGCUUUGGAUCUCUCGCUUCAACCAUGUCGGACGAUGUACACCUCACAUCCUUUCGUACUUCUUGUGCUGCCCGCGAUGUAGCCUUCAUUCGCCCUCGUGCCUAUAUCUGAUAUAUCCCAAAUUGCUGCAGCCCUUUUGCAUUCGCCGCUCGAUGAUGCCCUGUUGGGAUACUGGUCCAUCCUUUCUCCUUGCGUUUACCCGGUCGUUUCUCGCCGCGUUCCCUGCCGUCCUGACAUGUCUCCUUUCUCUGCCAAUCUGUCGCAGCUUUGUCCUCGUAAAUCAUACGCUCGCUCUUGAGAGACACAGAACAAACUACUUGUAAUCAUAGCUAGAACACAAUGUGAAACUCCAGGACUUC